UACAUGACCCGGCGCGCAAUGCAUUUUCAUUUUCUGUUUACGUGUGCGACACAAUUCGCCGCAAAGUCAAAGCUAUUACACGCGUCGGAGUUGGAUCGAACUAAAAUUUGUCUACCCGUUUCACCUUAAGUUGAAUGGAUCAAUGUAGAUAGUCCGAGUCGUUUAAAUACAAUUUUCUAGAAAUUCGGUUAGACGUUCACGAAAGUAUGGUCCCAAAACGGAUUCUCUCAAAAUUUUCCUCAAGUAUUUAUACAAGUUUAUCAAAGAUGGGUAAAGGCAAACACGACCAUUGUCUAAACAGUUCAGAUGUCGUCAGUCCAGAUAUCAUUGAUAGAAGCAACUUUUCUACCAAUGAAUCACAUGAGCCCUGCAUCAUCGUUCAUGGAGGGGCGUGGUCCUUGCCGCUCUCUUUACAUGAACUAAGUACUAAAGGGGUACAGCUUGCAGCCAGGGCAGGGUAUCAGACACUAUUAAAGGGUGCUAGCGCAGUUGAUGCAGUUGAGGCAGCAGUAAAAAGUCUUGAGGAUAAUCCGGUGUUUAAUGCAGGCUACGGUUCAGCCCUAACAGUUACUGGUACUGUGGAAAUGGAUGCCAUGAUCAUGGAUGGGUGUACUCUGGACACAGGUGCUGUUGCAUGUAUCAAAGGCGUGGUCAAUCCUGUAUCCCUUGCCCGCCAUGUGAUGACAGACACCCCUCAUUGCAUGCUUGUUUCAGAGGGUGCUAUAAAGUUCGCCCAAGAUCUUGGUCUCCCAAUGGUUGAACCACAGUCCAUGGCAAAUGAGUUCUCCCGGUUCAAGGCCAGUUUGCUUGACAAACCUAAUACUUCCUUUGAGGAUUUUCUUCGCAUGACUAUGAACACAGAGAGUCAAACAGAAAAGUGCAGUUUAUCUUCAGUUCAAGAGCAGUUGUCAAAAAGUCUUACAGAGCAUGACACUGUUGGAGCUGUUGCUAUGGAUUGCCAUGGCAACAUAGCAUGUGCAACUUCCACAGGUGGUCUCUUCAAAAAGAUGUGUGGUAGAGUAGGGGACUCUCCCAUGCCAGGCAGUGGCGGUUACGCUUGCAAAGAGGGUGGGGCUUCCACGACAGGCCACGGCGAGUCCAUCAUGAAAGUUGUCCUUGCAAGAGAGGUCGUCUACCAUCUUGAGAAUGGGAAAAGUGUCAACGAUGCCUGCGCCAACGGGAUCAACAAGAUGUUCACGUUGACCGGUGGCCAGGGAGGAGUCAUUAGUAUAGAUAAACACGGGAAUUACGGAAAGGCAUUCUCUACUUUAGGUAUGCCCUGGGCUGCCAUAAAAGCUGGUGAUGUGCACUAUGGAUUGAGCCCAGGAGAGGAUGUACAGGUUACAUGGGAUAGCAUUCAAGCUCUGGAGUAGAAUCAUAAUUUGUUUCAUUUGAUCUACUUAUAUUUUUUGGCCUCAUCUUAAAAUCUAUCUGCUGUAACUAUUUUUUUGUUUACCACACUUUUUUGAUAUUUGCAAUUUUAAUUUACUGAAUUUUCAUAUGAUUUCAUGACUUUUAUUUAUUAGCAUAAUUUAUUUUUCUUGGUCAGAUUGCUGUGGUAUUAAAACUUGAUACAUACCAUAAUAGAUUUAUGAUAUAAGAGGUAUUUGUUUCUCUUCCUUUACCCUGUGUAGGGCAAGUUCUUCCGAUGCACCCCACCCCACAAAAAAAAACAUACUCACUAGGCAGCUACAAUUUCUUGGAUAGGCAAUUUAUAAAGGGUCUUCUUCGCUGAUAAAGGACAAAGAUCAUUUUUAAUCAUAUACCUCUCAGCAUUUGCAGUUUGUGCUAUGUUGGGCAAUGACUAUGUUAUUUUUAAAUAGGUGCACAUAGCUAGAAAACUUUGUUCAGAGGGCAAUCCUCAGAUACCCCUUAUAUUUGCUUCGGGACAGAAGCUAUUUUUUAAUGCCGUUUGUAAAUUCAUACUCUACUAAGGGGGUGCACUAACCUGGUGCAUGUUUAUAAUUAUACAGUUAUAUUUACAAUUUUUAAAUGUUAAAAUAAUUAAAAUCAUGGGCUGAUUACAUUCAAGAGACCAGGCAAUAGCUAGACAUGAUCUAGAUAAUUGGAUGAGAGAGCUCUUCUUUUCUCCUCUUUUUUUAUGCCUUGUUUGCCUGAUUCUUAUCAAUGUGUCCUGGGUUUCCUGGGGAAGAGAAGAGGGGGAAUUUGAAUUUGCUGAGCAAGUUAAAAUGUAUGUCAAUAUAGGGUGCUGGAAAUUGAGUUAUUUUGAAUAAAUAUUUGAUUCUGUG